GCAUCAUUUUAGGGUACAACAAAAAGUUGUGGGAGAUCUGAGCACGCCUCCAAGAAAUCGCCAAGACAAGCCACAGAUAGAGCUCGAGAGAGCACCAUCGAGGCAAGGACACACAAACAGGAUCGAUCAGGAUGCUUCCUGCGUUCACGUCCUCAAAAUUCUUUGCUUUCCGGGCAGAGCACAACGGCAAGUACCUGCAGUCCGUGUACCGCAAGAACGCCGCCGGGAAUCACAUCGAGGCCAGCGGCGGGGUCGAGGCAAAUGCGCGCACUCGCUUCAUGGUGGAGCGGUCGGAGGAAGAAGAAGGCCUCAUGCACGUCCAGUGCUGCUACAACAACAAAUACUGGGCGCCCGUGCAGGUGCAGGACAGCGGCAGGAGCUGCUGGAUCAUCGGCACCGCAGAUGAACCGGAGGAGGACCUGUCCAGCCCCUCAUGCACCUUGUUUCAGGCACUCCCUGGCAAGGACAAUGACAACUCCAUCAGGUUCCUCCAUUCUGGCAAACAAAAAUUUGCUUGCGUCGUGUCCAUUGGUGAUAAAACCUAUAUGCAAUUAGAUGAUGGAGAUGAUCAAGAAAACAAGUCUGUCAAUUUUGGUUUCCCACAAGAAUUUCCAAAGCACGUUGCUUUCAGAGGGGACAACGACAAGUACCUUAGUAUAAAGCCCCUCAGCACACUGGAUAAUAUUGGACUUAGGCUCAGUUCUUUUGGCGGCUUCUCCGAGAAGCUGCCCUCCCCCAGCUUCCUGGAGAAGAAGCUGGGGGAGGGCAGCUUCUUGGAGAAGCCGCCAAAAGAACUGAGCCUUAUCAUACUUCAGAUUGUUAUUUACGAAUGGGACGGUCCGUAUAAAGUCCAGUGCUGGGUGUUUUGGAGGCGCAACUCGACUGAUAUGAUUUUGACUCCGUUGGUACAGCAAGACGACAACGACCCUGACUCAUUGUUCGAGGUGGUCACUAGGGAUGGCUUCAUUGCACUCAGGAAUCUGGGCAACAACAAAUUCUGUAGAAGUAUUGGUGAAGAGAAUGUCCUCGGUGCUUCCGACGAUUCCAUAUCGAAAUGGGCAAAGCUGAAGUUGGAAGUGCCAGUUAAAAGCCGUGAGGUCAGUGAUGUCAAGUUCAACUUAGAUGAAGCAAAGAUUUAUAACAAAAAGAUUAUGAAUGUUGUCACUGUUACUCGAAGAAACGACACCAGCGGAGAGAUCAAAGUCACCUUUUCUUUCACCAAGAAAGUAGAGAUGGUUAGUACAUGGGUAACCAGUGGUUCAUUCAAUAUAGGCGUCAAGGCCAAGUUCACCUUGGGUCCAUUGGUGCUAGUCAUAACAGGUGGACAUGUUAGAACUUCCGCUGAAGCUACUGUAUCACUGUCCAGACCAACAUCUCAAAACAAUACGGAUGAAGCAAUGGUAACAGAGGAUUAUUUUAUUCCUCCGAAAACUACAGCUGCAGGAACAUUUCAUGCAAUGAGAGCUUCGUGUGAUGUUCCCUACUCAUACAAGCAAACAGAUGUUCUGACCACCGGAGAAGAAGUUACUACCAUCCACAACGAUGGCAUCUAUACUGUUGCCAAUAACUAUAAUUUCCACUUCUGUGUCACUGAUGACAGAGAGGAGAUCAUAAAUCUAGGGGGAUAGUACUGGUGAAUAAGCUCUAGUUGAUGCUCCUUUCUUUUGAUGUUUGUUGUUGGAAUAAUCUGGGUGUUCAGAGUCACUCUGCACUUAGUAGCACUUCUACUUCGUAGCAGCAUGCAUGUGCUUUCUUUUUCUGUUGGGUCUAUCACGUCACCAUGCUAGACGUCAGUGUUGUCAUCACAAAUAUAUGUAUGUGUAGUCUUGGAUGGAUCGGUGCUAAUUCUGUCUUGUUAACUUGGGCGUGGGUCAGUGUUGUUGACACGA